AUGCAUAUUAAUUCAAAUACAGUUUUAGUGGGUCAAACAAUUCUUCUUGUUCCUUAUAAAAAACAUCAUGUGAAAAAAUAUCAUACAUGGAUGGAAAAUGAAGAAAUAUUAGAACUCACUGCUUCGUCACCAUUAAGUAUUGACGAAGAAUAUGAAAUGCAACAGACAUGGUUAGAUGAUAAAGAUAAAUGUACAUUUAUUGUUUUAUCAAAAGAAAUAUUUGAUCGAACACAUGAUGAAAUAGAAUCAAUGAUAGGUGAUGUGAAUUUAUCCAUAAAUAAUCCAAAUGAUAUUCAUUGUGGUGAAGUUGGGAUUAUGAUUGCUGAAGUAACAGCACGACAUAAAGGUUAUGGAAUAGAAACACUUAAUAUAUUUAUUCGUUAUGCUAUUGAAACACUUAAUAUAACUCGAUUUAUUGUCUCAAUUGGUUUAAAAAAUUUACCAAGUAUUAAUCUAUUCACAAAAAAAUUUCAUUUUCUAACGAUCCAAACAACAGAUGUUUUUCAAGAAAUUACAAUGGAACGACAGGUCGAUAAUGAAUUUAUCGAAAUGAUACAUAGUAAAACACCAAAUUAUAAAAUCGAUUUCUAUGAUAAUUUAAUUACAAAUAAGAAAGUUUGA